GGUGAAGGACAGCUGUAUUUACUGACGUAUGUAAAUGAACAUAGGGGAGGUCCUUGGGCAGAAACACACUGAACCAGUUUCACAUUGCAGCUCCGGAGUUCCUGCGUGGAAGGAAAAACGAGACGUGGCGAAAUCUGCUCAGCAAACCAUGCAGGAUGAUUUACUGAUGGACAAAAACAAAGCCCAGCCUCAUCAUCAGCAAGACCCGACGCAAGCAGACCCUCCUCCCUCCACCCCGACCCCGACCCCGUCAUCGGAGCCCUCUUCCUCUUCCUCGGAGCCGGAGAGCCCGUCUAGCGGCAUCCACCCCGCGGCUUCAGCGCCGAGCAGCAGCGGCAGCAGCAGCAGCAGCAGCAGCGGCAGCAGCAAGGACAAAGUGCCCAUGGAGUCUCCCAUCCUGCCCGGGUUGAGCUUCCACCACCAGCCGCAGGAGACCGGCGGCCCCCUCUCCUCCCCGUCCUCCUCUUUUGGGAGCACCUGGUCCACGGGGACCACGAACGCAGUGGACGACAGCUUUUUCCAGGGAAUACCGUCAGUGAACGGGACCAUGCUGUUCCAGAACUUCCCCCACCAUGUCAACCCGGUCUUCGGGGGCAAUUUCUCCCCGCAGAUCGGCCUGCAGGCCCCCCAGUCCCAGCAGCACCAACAGCACCAACAGCCAGCCCAGCAGCAGCAGCAGCAGCAGGUCCAGCAGCAGCAGCCCCAGCAGAGGAGGUCCCCGGUCAGCCCCAGCCAGGGCCCCUUCCCCCAGAGGAACGCUUAUCAGACCAUCAUGAACAACAGCAAACAAGGCUCCUCGUCGUCUUCUUCUUCUGCCUCAUCGUCCGCUUGGAAUAAUCACCAGAACGCCGCGUGGAGCACCGCCUCCAACCCCUGGAGCGGGCUGCAGGCGGGCCGGGACCCGCGCAGGGCGGUGGGCGUCGGGGUCGGGGUCGGGGUCGGAGUCGGCGUCGGGGUGCCGUCCCCCCUCAACCCCAUCUCCCCCAUGAAAAAGCCCUAUACCAGCAAUGUUAUAGCACCCCCAAAGUUCCCCAGACCCGGUCCCCUGACCCCCAAACCCUGGAUGGAGGACAGCGCCUUCAGGACUGACAACAGCAACAACAUACUGCCUUUCCAGGACCGGAAUCGGCCCUUUGAUGCAUUUAGCUUGCACUCUUUGGAGAAUUCCUUAAUGGAUAUGAUAAGGACUGACCAUGACAAAGGUAAACCACACCCUGCCGGUGGCCCACCAAUGACUAUCGCUGAUAUUAUAUGGAGGAAUCAUUUUGCAGGACGUAUGGGCCUCAACUUCCACCAUCCUGGAGCAGAGCACAUCAUGCCGCUGAAUACCCGGAGCUAUGGCCGCCGAAGAGGUCGUUCCUGUCUUUUCCCCUUUGAAGACGGUUUCCUUGACGACGGGCACGGCGACCCCUCCUUGACCCCGGGCCUGAACUCUCCGACCCGCUGUCAGAACGGCGAGAGGAUGGAGCGCUACUCCAGGAAGGUGUUUGUGGGAGGCCUCCCCCCGGACAUAGACGAAGAUGAAAUCACCAACAGUUUCCGUCGCUAUGGGCACCUGGUGGUGGACUGGCCACACAAAGCUGAGAGCAAGUCCUACUUCCCACCCAAAGGCUACGCCUUCCUGCUGUUCCAGGAGGAGACGUCUGUCCAGGCUCUGAUCGACGCCUGCAUCGAGGAGGACGGCAAGCUGUACCUGUGUGUGUCCAGCCCCACCAUCAAGGACAAACCGGUCCAGAUCCGUCCCUGGAACCUGAGCGACAGUGACUUCGUCAUGGACGGCUCCCAGCCUCUGGACCCCCGUAAGACCAUCUUUGUGGGCGGGGUCCCGCGGCCCCUGCGUGCAGUGGAGCUGGCGAUGAUCAUGGACCGGCUGUACGGAGGCGUCUGCUACGCCGGCAUCGACACCGACCCGGAGCUGAAGUACCCGAAGGGCGCCGGCCGCGUGGCGUUCUCCAACCAGCAGAGCUACAUCGCCGCCAUCAGCGCUCGCUUCGUCCAGCUGCAGCACAACGACAUCGACAAACGGGUGGAGGUGAAGCCGUACGUGCUGGACGACCAGAUGUGUGACGAGUGUCAGGGCGCUCGCUGCGGCGGGAAGUUCGCUCCGUUCUUCUGUGCCAACGUGACGUGCCUGCAGUAUUACUGCGAGUACUGCUGGGCCAGCAUCCACUCCCGGGCCGGCCGCGAGUUCCACAAGCCGCUGGUGAAGGAGGGCGGGGACCGGCCCCGGCACGUCUCCUUCCGCUGGAGCUGAGGAGGCGGAGCGGGGACCAGCCAGCCCCGCCGCGGGGACCCACCAUGGGACCCACCAGACCCCCUAAAAAAAGAGAAACCUGCGCCUCCUGCUGGUCUACAGCCCCCCCCAG